AUGGAUUAAGUGUUGAUUAUGUUGGAUUAAAUAUAUAGUACAGCUAAAUUUCUGGAUGAAUCUUUGAAUGUUGGUACAAUCCGUUCGAAAGAUUUAUUAUUCGCAUAUCAAAAGUUAUUGUGCACUUUAAUAAUAAUAGAUCAAAUGAUAAUAUAUCCUGUAUAAAAUUCUUAGAUUACAGUUUGGGGAUAACAAAUUAUCAAUAUAAAUAAUGGCAAUCUUAAUUUUUCUUUGAACCUUGACACCUAUUUUAAUUUUUUUUUGGUGGGAUUUUAUCAGUGUGGUUCAAGCAGUAAUGGAUCAAUUCAUUUUAGAUGUUAAUUUGAGAUUUAGAUAAUGA